AUGGCGUUGAAACGGUGGCGAAAAGAUGUCGACGAGGUCCUCAAAUUGAAAACUUUGGAAAACUGCAAUCUCUCCGAAAUUAUGGAAACUACGGACAAGCUAAAUCCAUUCAAUUUAACGAUGACUUUAACCCUUAACAACCGGCCUUACAACGGUCAAAGUGUCAAACUCGUAAUCAGGGCAGAACCAGAUUAUCCCUUUAAAUCUCCGAGAGCCAACUUUUUGACGGAAAUGUACCACCCAAACAUCAACAAGGGACCGGGUGGACUUCUCGAUAUGGAUAUGGUGUGCCCCUCAACAAGGGCUUGGAAACUAAACACAACUUUGACAGAGUUUGUAUCCGCUGUCAUUCAAGUUUUGAACAAACCAACAUCUCGUCACGUACUCCGAGCGGACAUUUCAAAAGAAUAA